GCUGGAAGGAGCACCUCCCAUCCUUCCAGCAGGACUGGAUCAGGAAAGCUAUUUUUUGCCGAAAUGCAAAAACUGGGAAGACGGAGCUGAGGCCCCAUCCUCAGUUCUGGUGGCAUCCACCUCAGCCCCCGACUGUCUUCACUCAGCCUCCGGCCUCUGCAGAUGUCUUCUUCUCCCGCCCUUUGUUUCUCUGGAUGCCCCUAAAGAUGUGGUCCGUUCCACUUGUCUGUGUCCAGCCGGCCUGCAGCAGACCGUCCGCAAGGUGUUGGACAUGGACGGGUGGUAUGACCUGGCCACGGAGUAUCUGGAGUGCAAAGGAUGCAAGAAGAAGAACCGGCUUGGUCAGAGGACAUCGUAAGGCAGCUGGACCUGGGGCACCGCACCAGAUUUCCUGCCGUCCUCACAUACAGGACACGUGACACAGACACAUGUGCAGAUACGCCUGUGACAUCCGCGUGGUGGUGCUGAUGCGGGAGAGGAGCCGGGGGAACAGUGUCACACAGCUGAAUCACAAGUUGACGGAGGAGCACAGGAAUAUCUCACAGCCUGUGAGCCCUUUGCUGACUCGUCCGUCAUCCAGCCGCCAUUGUUCUCCAGCCUCUGCUGCUUCUCCCCAAACCCAAGUGGCCGCUGUCCGCGUACGCCAGGACGUGCUCUCGCGGCUGCCCGAGGUCAGGGCCAAAAUUACAUCUGUCUUUGGCUCCGUCCUCAAAAUGGACUCCACCAAAAAGGUCACCAAGAAGCUGGCCGGUGCCGCAGCCAACACCGCCGGCUGCUGGACCAAUGUCAGCAAUGAGCACGGCCAGGUCUUGGCGUCUGUCCUUGCAGCCGCGGAGGGGCGCGGCCUUUGGCCUAUGGCAGCAGGCUUGGUGAGGCGCUACCGGGAGGCGGGAGCGGCACCGCCCUCUGUGAUGUACGUGGACCGGGACCGCUGCAGCCCGCAGGCUCGGGGCCAGGCGCAGGUCGCAGCGAUGUUCAGACAUCUGGCGCUUUAUGCGUCGGUUUGCAGCAGGCGGCAUCACGGAGGCUCACCGGCUCUACGGCACCUUCAUGGCGCCGCUGGCCAG